AUUUUUUCCCUUUUGAAGUUUGCUGCUUUAACAAAAGAAUUUCACAUUCCGCAUAAACUUCAUUGUCACCUUUUGUUUUUGUGCACGAAAAGUCAACAUCCACUGCUGUAUUUGUAUUUGCAUUCAGAUCUUAUUUGCAAGUGGAGAAUACUUUUAGUUUGAUUUUGAAGUGUCUUUCAUGCUGUGUAGUUMGACAGCUUGUUGUAUGUCAAAGCCGAGAGAGAAAAUGGAUAAAGACCAACUGUUACAGGAAGAAGAGAAUAGCUACAAACAAUCUGAAACGAAAUUACUAAGAAAAGACGGCAUUACCGAAGAGGAAAAACUGUUGUAUCUGGAGGCCACAAAGAUACAUGGUAAUAAUUGGCGAGAAAUUUCCAGGUUCAUUUUGAAAAAUGGCAAGUCGCUUCCAAAGCCGGUGUAUCAAAAUUACCAAGAAGCUAAUAGCAAUGAAGGAAAGAUGAAAAGCAUUAAGAGCAGAAUAGGAAGUUUAAGAAGAAAAACGAAGAACAGCCCUGAAGUCUCUUCUAGAGAGAAAAUCCAUGUCAUAGAAACUUCUGAGUGUACAUCCGUUCAAGACCUUGGGAUAAAACUGCAACACGCAAAGAAACAAGAAGAAAAGGGCCCAUUGUCUGCUAUGAAACCCGCCAAAGACUCGGAUGACUCACUUGUAAGCGAUGAGGAUGUAGAAGAUCAUAGUGAAAAAAGCAGCGGAUCUGAGAUUGGAACUAAACGCCAAAAGAAGUCACCAAAGAAAAGGGAGAAGCCAAAGAAAAAGAAAAGAGAUAGCAAAAUAGAAAAUUCUAAUAAUGAUUAAACGCAGGAAUCUGCUGUGUAUUGUUAAUCCAAGGGUUUAAUCAUUAUUAGAAUAUUCAACUACGUCAAAAAAAAAAAAGAAAGAAAAACAAAAAACAGAAUAUGCUUUUUUGGUAAAAGCGAAUAAAUUUCCUUGCCUAAUUUGCAUGAAAAAUUUCACCCUUUGAAAUUUACCCUUGAAGUUCAAGGGAUACGGAAAAACUCUAAUACUUAGAAAAAAAGACAAUGCAUGGCAAUAAAGAUAUUGCCAAAUCGACGAAAAGGUCACUAAAUCGGAAAACCCUAAUACAAAUAAUCUUCUGAAGAAGGUUCUGACUAUUUGCUGCAUCCUUAGCAAGGAGAAGCGCCUUCAAAACUGAUAAUGGUACCGAUGAACCAAUAAACCGGUAAUGUGCUAGUUUGAGCCGGUGACAAUCAGAUACGUUGAAAUGUAAGUAAGGUCGGUUGAAAAUAUAAACUCCAUUAAACAAUUUUUUUGCCUCUAGAA